UGCUCGUCGCAGCUGCUGCUGCGUCGUCACUAUCCCGUCGCCUCAGCUCCCUCUCCAUCUUCACGUCAGUCAACCAUGUCUUCAGCUCCACCAAGACAGCCAUGGCUGCUGCGCCAUCUUGUCCGAAAACCACCAGUCCAAACACCACCCCCGAGAACUGGGUCGCCGGAACCAUUGAGCUCAUCUCUUGCAUUAUUGGUUGGUCCGUUUUCUUUAUUGUUCAAUCGAUGGCAUUGAAGGAAUACCCAGCAGAGCUAUCUCUGGCAGCAUGGUUAUGUGUGAUGGGCAUAGUGGAAGGAGGAAUUGUUGCUCUUAUAAUGGAACGUGAUUGGAAUGCAUGGAAAAUUGGCUUCGACGCUAGGCUCCUUGCUGCUGCUUAUUCUGGAAUCGUUUGCUCGGGAAUUGCAUAUUACGUGCAAAGUGUAGUUAAUAAAGUUAAAGGCCCAGUGUUCGUGACAGCCUUUAGCCCUUUGAGUAUGGUCAUCACUUCUAUUCUUGCUGCUAUUAUCUUGGCUGAGUCAGUCCACCUUGGAAGCUGCAUUGGAGCAAUUAUCAUAGUCAUGGGACUUUACUCUGUGGUGUGGGGAAAGAGUAAGGAGGAUAAAGGAAAUGAGACAGGAAAAGACCAAGAAUUACCAGUUGUGGACAUCAAAGAAAGGUCAACCAUAGUUGACGAUAUUAGUGAUGAUGUUACGACUGUGAAAUCAAAGGUUCCAGCUGUUGUAUCUUCAGACGAGCUGCUCGGUUGAGUUUUAGUCGAGGUCGUCGAGCGUCGUUUUGAGUUCGUCAAAGUUUACAAGGAAGGUGAGUUCGUCGUUGAGUUCGUCGUCGAAUCCGGACAGAUUCAUUCCCAUUCGAGGUUCGUCGAAACAGUCUGUACAUAUUUCA